AUGUUUCCAACUUUUGUAAUUUCUCCUCGAUUUCAUUUUCUUCUUUCAUUUCUUUCUACCUACACCCUCUCUCUCUUUCUGCCCCAUCCUUUCUCUCUUUCUGCCUACCCCCAUCCCAUCUUUCUGCCUACCCCAUCUCUCUUUCUGCCUACCCCCCCCUCCUCUCUUCUGCCACCCCAUCCCCUCUCUCUCUCUGCCUACCCCAUCCCCUCUCUCUCUCUCUCCAUUCCCAUCCCCUCUCUCUCUCUCUCUCUCUCCCAUCCCUCUCUCCCCCUCUCUCUCCCUACCUCUCCCUCUCUCUCUCUCUGCCCUUAUCCCUAUCCCCUCUCUCUCUCUGCUACUCCAUCCCCUCUCUCUCUCUCUCUCUCCCAUCUUCUCCAUCUCUCUCUCUCUCUCCCUACCCCAAAAGCCCUCUCUCUGCCUCCCCCUUAUCGUCUCUCUCUCUCCCUCUCCCAUCCUUGUCUCUCUCUCUCCCCUCCUCUCUCUCCCCAUCGUCUCUCUCUCUCUCCCUACCCCCAAACUCUCUCUCUGUCUCUCCUGCUUAUCUCUCUCUCUUCUCCAAAGAUGUUUCUCUGUCUACCCCUUUCUCUACCUAAAUACCAAGUUUUUAUUUUCCUCAUUUCUAUCUAUCUAAUCUCUCCACCUAUUUUUUUCAAUAGGACCCUAUGA